CUCCCGCUGCCCGAGCCUCCCGCUGCCCGCCCGCCAGCGCCGCGGCAUGGCCUGGAACACCAACCUCCGCUGGCGCUUGCCGCUGGCCUGCCUGCUCCUGCAGGUGGCCAUGGUGGUUCUCUUCGGCGUGUUCGCGCGCUACGACUUCGAGGCCGACGCCCACUGGUGGGCAGGGAAGAGGCACGGGAACGUCUCCAGCGACCUGGAGAACGAAUUCUACUAUCGCUACCCCAGCUUCCAGGACGUGCACGUGAUGGUCUUCGUAGGCUUCGGCUUCCUCAUGACCUUUCUGCAGCGCUACGGCUUCGGUGCCGUGGGCUUCAACUUCCUGCUGGCGGCCUUCGGCAUCCAGUGGGCGCUGCUCAUGCAGGGCUGGCUCCAUCACCUAGAAGACCGCCACAUAAACUUGGGCGUGGAGAACCUCAUCAACGCUGACUUCUGCGUGGCCUCUGUCUGCGUGGCCUUUGGGGCAGUUCUGGGCAAAGUGAGCCCUAUCCAGCUGCUCAUCAUGACUCUGUUCCAAGUGACCCUCUUCUCAGUGAAUGAGUUCAUUCUCCUCGACCUGCUACAGGUGAAGGAUGCAGGCGGCUCCAUGACCAUCCACACAUUUGGCGCCUACUUUGGGCUCACAGUGACCCGGAUCCUCUACCGACGCAACCUAGAGCAGAGCAAGGAGAGACAGAGUUCUGUGUACCACUCGGACCUCUUUGCCAUGAUUGGCACCCUCUUCCUGUGGAUGUACUGGCCCAGCUUCAACUCAGCCAUUUCCUACCACGGGGACAGCCAGCACCGAGCCGUCAUCAACACCUACUGCUCCUUGGCAGCCUGCGUGCUCACCUCAGUGGCAAUGUCCAGUGCCCUGCACAAGAAAGGCAAGCUGGACAUGGUGCACAUCCAGAAUGCCACAUUGGCGGGAGGAGUGGCCGUGGGCACCGCCGCUGAACUGAUGCUUAUGCCUUAUGGUGCCCUCAUUGUCGGCUUCAUCUGUGGCCUGGUCUCCACCCUGGGCUUUGUGUACCUGACGCCAUUCCUGGAGUCCCGGCUGCAGAUCCAGGACACAUGUGGGAUUCACAACCUGCAUGGCCUUCCUGGCAUCAUCGGUGGCAUCGUGGGAGCCGUGACCGCCGCCUGCGCCAGCCCCGAAGCCUAUGGCCUAGAAGGGCUUGUCCAUUCCUUUGACUUUCAAGGUUUCAAGGAGGGCUGGACCCCAAGAACGCAGGGCAAGUUCCAGGUUUAUGGCCUCUUGGUGACCCUGGCCAUGGCCCUGAUGGGUGGCAUCGUCAUGGGGUUCAUUUUGAGAUUACCAUUCUGGGGACAAGCCGCUGAUGAGAACUGCUUUGAGGAUGACAUCUACUGGGAGAUACCGGAAGAAAAGAGCACUAUCUACAUCCAUGAGGACCCCACCUUCAAGCCCUCGACAUCCUCGGUAACCUCAGUACCCAUGGCAUCCUCAAUGCCUGUGGCGUCUUUGGUACCUUAAGCUCCCAGGGCAGGUGAGAAGCAGGUGAGCAUGGGUUUGCCUGAGAAUGGACAAGGAGGAGCUGCAGACAGAGUGGGUCUCCAAGCCAGGCUCUGGUUGCAGAAGGUCUGCCUCUGC